AUGAUGUGCCUCCUUCUAUGUUUGGCGCUAAUAGCCUCUACUGAGGCGUUUUUCCUGAAAUGGGGUUCAGAUUCUGGAAGCCAAUCAUCACCGAAAACAUGGGCCCAGCCGAUAUCGCCCUACCGCUAUCAAUACAUGUAUCCCCAGUACGAAUCGAGGAAAGUUUAUCAAGCGUAUCCUCAACAUGAGGUGCAAAUGCAGCAAAACAUGGCUCCAAUACCCAUAAGUGUACCAGCUGGCGCUAGUCUCACACCAGUGUCCCUCCAACACGUACAACUAGUGCCUUGUAUGUGUCCAGUCGCCCCAGAAGAGGCUGAAAAACUUCAAGAGCAAGUAGGCCCUGGACCUUACAUAGCUCAAAGCUACACUCAGAAUUACGCCGUUCCGCAACAGAUGACGGUCGUUGACUCUCCAAAAACGACCACCAAACAA